AUGCCUCAAUCUCCACUCCUAUGGGACGCGUUCGCGAUCUGUGGUGCACCGGCCAAAGAAAACAGGACAUGCUGUGGUCUUACCAAGCGAGGAGAACCUUGCAAACUCUACGUAACAGAGGACGUCCACAAAGCAGGUGUCAAGAAGUUGAAUGCUCUUGCAUGCCAUCCGUUUGAUCUCUCCGUCCUUCAAGACAGGCUCCAUGAUAUCGUCCCUCAUUUCCUUUGUGCUCGGUGGCAUCGUCGACUUCAGGCUAACGAUGUCCGAGAGCGGUGGGAAUCAGCCGCCAUCCGCAACCAAGCUCAGGCGUAUACACCACGACCACCUGCUAGCGGGGAACAGGCGCUAUCAUCAGAGGCUCACCUUCAUGUGCAGCACACAAGACCGAGUCCUCCAGUAUCAUCCGGCAGGCCUGACCCUGCCCUGCCAACAGCCGAUACUAGACCUGCGGAGUCAUCCCAGUUCUCUGGUCGAAGACUGACUGAGGCUGCUUUGCGAGAGAAUCGGGCCCCCUGGGAUGUUUCGGUGGCCCAUCCAGCCGUUUUGCCUAUCGAAAGAGAGGACGGAGGAGAAGUUUGUCUUCGCCUGCGAAGUUCCAAUUCAUCAUCCAGUUUAGGAGACGAGAGCUGUGGAAUCUGUCGUGGGGAAGACCAGACUGAGCCCGUCGUCUUGAAGUGUGGAAGGUGCACCUCUCAAGUGCAUUUAGGGUGUAUGUCGUUGUGGCUUCGGUCUCGCUGGUCCGGACGAGGGCCCUCCUGCAUAACAUGUGAAUACGACGGACCAUUUUAUGUAUACUAUGACACGCCAACAGCGAGGGCUCUACGGGCUCAACGACAAGAGCUGGCCUCGGUGGCAGACCAUUUGAAUUGGUCAACCACGAGACGUGACAACCAGCGACCGCCCGUUCCCAUCACGCCUCCUGCCGAGAUCUCUCCUGCACCGGCAGGAGCGUCGACAACUGCCGCCCGAGCAAGUCCCCACAGGGUGCGUCAAGGGUCAGAGCACGUAGGAUAUCCACGUCUCCCUACGACCUCUGCACCCUCAAAUCCGCCACCACUGCGUCGAUCGGAUAGAACGACACGGGCUCCUGAUCGUUACGAGCCAAAUCUUCGGGGCUUCAGGGAGCUCGAUUUCGAUUGUUGUCUGCAUACAAUAUUCACCUCCCUUUCUUCACUCAAUCUUCCGCUGUCGGAGAUGGAUUCCCAACAUCGCCCGUCGACCAUGAUGCUCGCCGAAUCGCCAAAUUGGGACAACCUAGGAAUUUCGUCCGGUCCCACCUUACCAUCCCGUGAACUUUCGGAUGCUCCGAUAUCCCACACAAAACUUUCACCGGAGCCCUUGAGAUUGAUGAAUAGAGGGCGGCCUGCAGUCCCACAAAUCAACGAGGAUCCUUGGCGGACGCACGAGGCUAUUAUGCAGAUAUUUCUGAGUCGAGAGGUGAUACUCGCGCGGCGUCGGGAGAACAAUGCAGAGCUAGUCAACGUGGAGAAGCUCCAACAAACACGUACAACGAUCAAACCGAUGCUAGACUUUAUGAGUCGGAUCACCCAUCCAAGCUUCCCAAGUCUCAAAGAAUGUUUUCUCCAUGAAAAUCACGUGUUCCUCGUUUGGGAGCCGCUGGAGCUUUCUGUCAGUCAACUAUUGGCGUUGAAGUGUCCGGUCACGGAGAGCGAGCUUGCAGCGAUCAUCUGGCCGGUUCUCGAAGGCAUCCAAUACCUGCGCGGAUGCGGCAGGGCGCUCGCGGCGUUGAACGCUGACACCAUACUGCUUUCGGAAUCCGGUGAGGUCAAGAUUGCCGGGGUGGAGUACAGUUGCGAACUUAGCAAGGCCGAGAUGAACGCCGCCACGUUGAAGCUAUUCGCGUUAGCCGAGAUUGUCGAGAAGAUAAUUGGAAAGACCCUGCCCUCAUAUCCAUGGAGUGGGGAGGCCAAGAGUCUAUCCCGAGACUUGAAGAACCUGUCGUUGGAGGAGUUGCUACAGGUGAGUUCCGCUACCGAUGACUUGGCGGUCAUGGCUGAUCGGAUAGAACAAACAUUGGAAAAAAUUGAGUGGAAAUUCUCGACCGCUCGUAGCUGGCUGCACAUCUGUGCUGAGACGCUGUUCCGCGCACGGUCUGUUCCGCGCACGGUCUGUUCACGCGAAUAUGGGAUUGUGGUGCUGAUUUGA